UCACAGCAGUUGAAAAGAAAACUUGACUAUAAGGUGGAUUUGCUGAUAAUUUGUGAAUUAUGAUUAGGACUGCUGGAGAAAUAAGAGUUUGAGAUUAGGUUGACCAGCUACAGUGGCUUGAAGUGAGGACAUUAGUAACCGAGAGACCUUUUUACAUAGCUUGUUUCGCUUUCAGAGACUGAUGGGGGACGGAGGGAGGAAGAGGAGAAAGAGCUGUUUGUCUGCCAGCUGAAAGUCUCAACUGCUACAGCAUAUAUUUAUUUCUAAAGGUUAGAGAAUCCUACUCUUUUCCUCCUCCCAUCCUUACAGAAACGAUUUCACCAGGGGCUAGUAACUGUCUUUCGCAGCCUUGCAAACAAAGUUUUAUAAAUAAACCACUGUCUGGGACACAGUGAGUUGUUGUCACCUGUGGGGUGGUAACAGAUGCUGUGCAGGUGCUUGCUGUGCCCUGGCAGCCCUGGGGACAGAACCUUUCACUCAGGCCAGGGGAAACUGUCCAGGUCUUAAAUGGACCCUGGCCUUUGUGGUCUGGGAGCUCGUGCCUUGGAGCUUAUCCAGACAGUCCAGUUCCAGGAUAUAUGUUCCUUUUUGAAGGAAGAUGACCUAGAAGCCAACGCUCCUGACAGCAGGGGGACAGGUUGCUGCUGCAGUGGGAGGAGGAAUUCCCAGAUGCCUGGAUGUAGGAGCGCUCUGGAGAUGGGCAGUGUGGUUUCCCGUGGCGCUGCGGGACUGCUUCUGGCACUGCUGCUUCCGUGCUCCUUGGCUUGCAUUUUCCCUGCGCCAUUCCCAGUUCCUUCAUCCUUUUGUCCCACGCUUGAUGCUAGCGAUGGUUCGGGGUGUUACCACUAGUACCCAGAGGGGCUGGAAAUGUCGAUGGUGUUUUCUCAGCGCUGGUAGUACCCUGUGCUUCAUGUCAGCGCUUUGCAGUUGUGUCACGGGGGUGGCAGGUGUGUUUCCAUCCUGCGUAGCCAUAAAGCACAGUCACCUCGAAUGGAAAGUCUUGCUAGCAAGCCAGACGAUGCUGAGAGCUUUUGUGUUGCUGAGGAGGAGGCAGGCAGAACUCCUUUGCUAAUGGCCACAGAGGCGUGUUGCUUCACCCCAAGACGUCGCAUGCUUACUCAGCAGGAAGGCGGCUGCUUUGAUCAAGAUGUAGAGUUGCAGUGAGAGACUUGUGGUCUUCUCAGCCCAUGUUGCUGCAAGUGGGGAUGGCCACAUUUCCCUUUCUGCUCUUAAGAGUAGCCGGUUGUAGGACUUGUGGAGCGAAGGAGAGCCUCUUGAAUGUUUUCCAAGCUCUCAGAGUUCUCAUGCCUCAGUGCAGUGAGCUUCCCAAGAGGACUGGAGGCUCGGAGUUUUCUCCAAAUAAAAAAAAACAAAACUGUAAUGCCAUCAAAAUAACUGGCUGAGCAUUGUAGCAUUUCCAGCAAAGAGAUGGGGAACCAGGCAGACUUUUCAUUCUGAUGAGUCACUGACUGUCCUGGUUUGUCUCUUCUGAGAGUUGUUUGGGCAGCUGCUGAUGCAGGAACAUGAUUCUGAGCGAUGGUCCCUGGGGAGCAGGACAGGGCUGCAUGCUGCUUCACCUCUCAGCUGGCGGAUGGUUUGGCUGCUUAGCUGCCCAUCACUAAAGCCUUGCUCACAGCUGUGGUUCUUGCCGGCUUGGUCCUGCCUCAGUCAGGAGAGCUGGGGAGCUGAUAGGGAGGAGGAGUGUUGGUGCAGAGAAACAAAAUACCAAAUGCUUUCUGAAGUCCUAAAAGCAAGAAUUGGAAAUCAGAAGGUCUGAUCCCUUACAGUCCUGGAUCUUUUUGUGACCAUGUAGGCUGUAAAGCUGAAGGUUUUGUCUCUGUCCCAGAGGAAGAGUGUGGUCCCUCUCUAGCACCCAAGAGCUGUCUGUACCCAUAUCCAUUCCCUUGCGUGUUUUUACGAUGCCCGCGUCUGCCUGAGAGAGGAGAUCUUGGAAGCCAGGCGGUUUCUGUUUUGGGGAUGUUGAGGAUGAAGGGAAUACAAAUAUGUGACUUAUUUUUGAUGGAAAAUACAGGUGAACUGGGAAUAACAAUGUGGACUCACAUUAAUGGACUGAAGAGUCUUGUCAGGAAAAGCUUUUAUCUUCCAUUACUCACUUUCUGUGCCUGUGACUCUGUAUAAAAUAAGAUUGCCGAUGGGGUGGGGACUCUGCAAAUAGAGAAAGGAGCCUGGUAGACUCCCAGCUCGCUCCGUGGGCUCGUUAUUAAUACUUAAUAUGACUUGGAUGCACACAGGAAUCUUACCUGUUGGAGUGAAGGGUCAUGGGCACUUUUUUUUCUUGUUAGCAUAUUUUUCACAGUUGAGUCAUGCCUUUAUUAAUUGAAAACUAUAAAAAAGCUUUUUCCCGUGUCUGUCUGUCUCAAAAAGGAGGGCUGUUGAUUGGUUCAAAGCCAAAAAAAGCAGACUUAGUCAAACUGAUCUGUAAUCUCACUGCUUUGUUUAACUUUAUCGGGGGAGCUUCAGUUUUGCGUGGCUAGUUUUAUAAAACAAAAGCAAACAACAACAAAAAAGGAAGGGUUCUUAGGCAGAUUUUGCUCUAACAGACACCUGCCUAAUUUGAUCAGACUCCAGUGACAUAAAGUUUUAUUUAAAGCUUUUGGCUUGAGGAACUGCCCGGUCUAUACAUUCAUGGAUCGCUGUGAAAGGGCUUAUUCAAGUGCGUUUAAAAUAUGGUGCGCUGACAUUAAGGAGGGCUGCUUUCCACAGGCAUUCUUUUGUACUGGUAGAAACCUGCAUUUUACUGGUUUGCAAAACCAGAGGGUGGAAAUGCAAUUACUCAGUGUCCAAGUGUCUAUAUUAGCGAGCAUGCGAAGCAUACUAAUGGGAUAAUACUAAUGAAAGCUGUUAAAUUAUUUACAUGAAUUACUGACUGUGGCAUAAAGUACCUUCCACUGUUAAUACUGCUAAUUAGACCACCAACAUAUUGCAUCCGUUAUCACAAACAUCCUGUAGGUUGAAUCAGAACAAUUGUUUUAGCUUCCACAGUCCCUGUAAUAGUUUAAUUUGGCUUAAAAUAGCUUUCAAAGUUGCUCCUUUUAGAGGUUUUUCUCAUAUUUUUUUUCACCUUAGCUGCUUAUGUGAAGUGUCUGGAUGCCCUAAGUGAAUUCUGCAUUGUCUGUUGCUGCCCCUGCUCAUCUUGUGCAUUCAGGAGAAUUUUCUUCUGUUUAAUUCUUGAAAUAUAAAUAUUCCCAAAUAAAACUCUAGAACAUCCCAGAGAAAGUUCUCUGAAAGCUUUAGAGCCUUGACUAGAAAGGUAAGGAAGGCUUCAGUUUUCUGUUGUGGUGGUGUUAGAAUUAUAAUGAGAAUUUUGAAGUCUGCCAAAGCACAUUAUUUGCCUCCAAGCCCAAAUUGCCCAGUGUUUGCUCUCUCCUUUCAUGCAAUUUCACAACUCUUUUUUUUUUUUUUUUUUUUUUUCCCCCUUCCCUUCCCUUUUUUUACUCUCCAGGAUCUCUGCUUUACUUUUUUUUUCUUUUUUGUGCUAGUGACCUUCAUGUGGGUAUGUAGAGAGCAUUUCCCUUUUGAAGCAUCCUGAUUUUUGUUGAAAUUUUGAGAGUUGGUUAUUGGAAUAUAGAUGAAGGAUGGGAAAUUUUAAUACAAAGGAUGAUUCUUUGAGGGUUUUUUUAGAAUAGUUCUGCAUGCUGUGUUCAUGGUGACAGUGAUGUGACUCAUGAACAAACUUCCUGGCAUUUCUACCAGCUGUGAUUUCUCAGGAUUUUAAAGGAGGUGAUAACUGAAUUGUAAAUAGACAAUAGGUUCCAUCUGUAAAUUUCAAAGCUAGAUCCAGAGUUUCCCAGAAGGUGGAGGUGUUUUUUGGACCCUGGGUUGGUUUUGGCUAUGGUAUUUUGCUGAAAAGGCAUCUGAUUAGUCUCCAGACAUGCAGAUACACCAGAGUCCUUGUAGCAAGAUGCCCUCUCACUGUCUUGGUUCUGUACAGCAUGUGCGCUUGGAAUGACUUCCAGAUUCACACUCCAACUCAACACCUUGCUCUUUUGUGUCUGCUAGCCAUCAGAAACGUACCUGACUGCCGAAUCCUUGCAGUGUUAUGUGGGAGACCAGUGAAAGAAAAGCAAAAUCAUAUGGGGAGUGAUAAAAGUCUGUGCCAGAGAAUCUACCUUUGUUACUGAUACUCUGAACCUGGGAAGGCUUCGGGAUCAUUUUCUGCAUCUUGGGGCACAGCCUGCUGGAGGCACUGGAAGUGGAUUGGUUCCUGGUCAUGCCCGGUGGAAGGAGGGGACCCAGCCGGCAGCAGCUAAGCCGUUCAGCUUUGCCUUCUCUCCAGACGCUGGUUGGUGGGAGCUGCGGAAACGGUACCGGUUUGAGAAACAGGAAUGGUAGUGCCAUCAGCCUCUCCGCGCCUCCGAUCACAGCGCUGAUUACUCCGGAGCCUGUACGUCACUGUCGGAUACCUGAACUGCCGUUGGAUGGGAGCCUUCUCUUUGAAUUCCUGUUCUUCAUCUACCUACUGGUAGCCCUCUUCAUUCAGUACAUCAACAUCUACAAGACUGUCUGGUGGUACCCAUACAAUCACCCUGCUUCCUGCACCUCACUGAAUUUUCACCUCAUUGACUACCACCUGGCGGCGUUCAUCACAGUGAUGCUGGCGCGGAGGCUGGUGUGGGCCCUCAUCUCUGAGGCCUCUCAGGUGGGUGCGACAUCAGUGAUUCACUACAUGGUGCGCCUGGUGCUGCUCACCCUCUGCGGAUGGGUGCUCUGCUGGACUUUGGUCAACCUCUUCCGCAGCCAUUCAGUGCUCAACCUCCUCUUCCUGGGCUACCCGUUUGGUGUCUACGUUCCUCUGUGCUGCUUCCACCAGGACAGCAGAGCACAGCCCCUGCCUGCAGACUGUGGUUACUUGGUACAGGACCAGAUGGUGGAUGAUGGGGCUUCAGCUGUCAGCAGCCUGGUCAAACCCAAAGAUUUCCUCUCGCUUCUGUGGGAAUCCCUGAGAGAACAGUUCAAUAAUCCUACGUCUAUCCCCACCCACAGCUGCCCCCUUUCCCCAGAUCUCAUCCGCAAUGAGGUGGAGUGCCUAAAAGCAGACUUUAACCGCAGGAUCAAGGAAGUUCUCUUCAACUCCCUCUUCAGUGCCUACUACGUGGCGUUCCUGCCACUGUGUUUUGUGAAGAGCACCCAGUACUACGACAUGCGCUGGUCGUGUGAGCACCUCAUCAUGGUGUGGAUCAAUGCCUUUGUCAUGCUCACCACUCAGCUGCUGCCUCCCAAGUACUGUGACCUGCUUCACAGAUCAGCUGCCCACCUUGGCAAGUGGCAGAAGCUAGAACAUGGUUCCUACAGCAAUGCUCCGCAGCAUAUCUGGUCAGAAAACACAAUAUGGCCACAAGGAGUUCUGGUGCGACGUAGCCGAUGCCUGUAUAAAGCAGUUGGGCCUUAUAACGUAGCAGUGCCUUCAGAUGUGUCCCACGCCCGCUUUUACUUCCUUUUUCACCGUCCAUUACGGCUGCUCAACCUCCUGAUUCUCAUCGAGGGCAGUGUGGUCUGCUACCAGCUCUACUCGCUGCUGCGCUCAGAGAAGUGGAACCAUACCCUCUCCAUGGCCCUUAUCCUUUUCUGCAAUUAUUAUGUCUUAUUUAAGCUCCUCCGGGACCGGAUAGUAUUAGGCAGGGCAUACUCCUACCCGCUUAACAACUACGGACUCAAGGCACACUAGGCCGGCCAAAUGUGUACCCCUUCUUUUUCCCUUCCCACAGGCCAGGGAGGGAACCUCAGAAAAAAAAAAAAUAUUUUCGUACAGUUCUAUUUUUUUCUUGCAGCGUUUAUAAAUAUUUAAAAUAUUUUAUAUUUUGUAUACUAUUGUUUUUGUGGGGCGGGAAGGGAACCAGUGGCAAUUAAAUGUCGCUUUAUAAACAAGGUGUUAUUUUAUAUAUAUAUAAAAAAAAUCAAUGUGUAUAUACCGUAUAUCUAUACCCAUACAUAUAUCUAUGUGAAGCAACAGGA